AGACAUGGAAAUAAUAUUGGUGCUUCAUAUUGGCUUUCUGUUAAGUCUAGCGAUAGCGAGACCAAAUAGACCGUGCGGCUGCAAGCCGGUCUUCGAAUUCUGCGCCAACGACCACCACACGUACCAUAGCAUCUGCGAGUACAAGUGCAGACACCCCUCCACCCCGUUCCAGGAUUGGUUCAUUCUGUACCACGGGUCCUGUUUUGAGAUGUCAGACUUUUCGGAGACUAUAACUAAACGAAGUUUGGUACCUACUACUGCUACUUCUGGUGGUUCUAACGAAGGCCACAAAGAUCAAGAUUUGCACGAUACUUCUCCUGAUUCUAAAUGCGGUGCCAAAGUUCAAGGAUACGAGUGGGAGCCUCGUACCGGCAGCUGCUACAAGUUUCACCCGCUCGUGAGGGGCUGGAGCAAUGCCAAGGCAAGUUGCCAAGACGAGGGAGGGCAUCUGGCCAUCAUCAACAGCGAUACUGAAUCUACAGUACUCAAGGAAUUUUUCGAAAAGAACGAAAUUUAUCGGGACGGUGCCGUUUGGGACUGGGACCACGCUUAUAUUGGCUUUGAGAAAUUGAGCGAUGGCAAGUGGGUGACUAUAAAUGGUGAGACCCUUGCUGAAGCAGGAUUCAACAGAUGGGCCGCAAAUGAGCCCAACAACUCUCGUGGGGAAGAGGACUGUGGCUCCAUUAGGGGCGGUCUGCACAACGACUUGUUUUGCAAUAAUUACCCAGUCCCAUACAUUUGCGAGAUUACUCCAAAGUUCAAUCAACAAUAAUAAAAUAAAAAAUCUGCAAUGUGGGAGAAACAAUUCGAGUA